AGCCUUAUAAAUAACGACAUAUUUUCACUUUGCUUUACAAUUUGAUUCCUUGUCAAUACAAAAAAGACUUGAAAUCACUCAAAUUACAAGCAACAUAGUAUACUAUAUGACUAAUGAACCCAACAACAAGAUAUGUAGUUUUUAAUUUAUGAUGUUUCUAAUAGUCAAAACGGUUGAAUCCUAUAUAAACACAUGCAACUUUCUCAGUCUCAUCCAAAAAUCAUCGUAAGAAAAGGUGUGAUGGAUUUAUUUGAGAUUGAAAGUAAGAUUCUAUCAAGGAGAUCCUCUGUGGGAUGCUCCUCACGUAUAUCUUAUUAUAGAAGUGGAGAAGGGGUUCCAUUCAAAUGGGAAAUGCAACCAGGGGUAGCAAAAGAAGAAUCACCGAAGGAAGAGCUUCCUCCACUUACUCCUCCACCAGCAAUUCUUAGCUUGGGGCUUCCAAAGCCAUGCAUUUUGGACAACAAAUCAGCUUCAACAAUGUCAAAGAUGUGGUUUUGGAGGAAAAGGGUUGUCAAAAGCAAGAAGCCCUUGCAAGAAUAUUGUUUUCGUGAAGAUUUUGAUGUAGUAUCAAGAUUGGAUUGUAGCUCUGAUUCUGAAUCUAUGGCAUCCCCUCGUGGUUCGAGCUUUUCUUCUUCCUCUUCGUCUAUGUCAUUGAUGAAAAGUACUCGAUCUUCAUUGAACUCAACAUGCUCAGAGAGUACCAAUAAACGAGUGUAUGGAAAGCCAUUGACCUUAGGCUGUUUCCCAAUGCACAUUAGCAGAAUUUUUGUUUCAAUUACAAGUCGUGAUUGAAGUUGAAAUAAUAGUAUUAUGUACAUGAGUCUGUUAUGCUUUUCAUUUACACUAGAAAUAAAAAUUACAUUCACACCCA